UUUACCUCCAGCAGUCAGCCCGGCGUCGGGCGAAAAGAACCGGCCAGGCUGGAGCCGCUUUACAGCCGGUGAGGGUGAAACUUUGCCCGUCGCAUAAGGAGAAGUAGCUUCUCAACGAUGGCCUCCAGCUUCCUUGACAUGGACGAGUCGUCCCCGGCAGCCCUGACCGACCUGUGCCUCACCUUCGUCAGCCAGAACCUGGAGUGCUUGUGCGUGAAGCGCGCUGACGGGUCCCUGUGCUUCAGGGAAGCUGUGCUCUUCCCCCAAGAGCUCGCAGACCAGCUGUUGGCUAAAAUGGCAACCGAGGGUCUGCUCAACGACAGCACGGUGGGCGUGUUCCGGAACUGCGAGUACCUGCGGCUGAGGCGUGCGUGCGUUCGCACUGCACGCAUUUCCGCAGAGGCCUUCCAGCGAGCCCUCUGUCCUCACAGGCUGUCGGAGCUGGACGCCGCGCGGGUCAACGCCGACCUCACCAUCCCCGACAUUCUGCACGGACUGGCCACUAAUAAAUACUGUCAGGAGUCCCUCCAGCGACUGGUUCUGACGGGCCUCACCAUGUCCUCCCUGGAGGAGCCGAGCCGCCACGGUUUCAGCGCCCUGCAGGGCCUGCGCUCGCUCUCCCUGGCCAACGUGGACUUCUACGACUCGGGUCUGGCCGACGUGUGCUCCCUGCCCCGUUUGGAGAGCCUGGAUCUGUCCAACACGUCGGUCACCAACCUCAACCCACUGCUGGGCCUGAAGGAGAGGCUGCGCUCGCUCACGCUGCACCAGCUGAAGAGGCUGGAGAUGAGCACCGCGCAGCUGCUGGGCGUCAUCGGCCAGCUGGACGUGUUGCAGCAUUUGGACAUUAGCGAUGACAAACAGUUCACCUCCGAUGUCGCUCGGCAACUGCUUGGACAACCCAGCAUACUCCCAGCUCUCGUUUCUCUGGAUGUGUCGGGAAGGAAACAGGUUACUGACACGGCUGUGAAGGCCUUUAUAGACGAGAGACCCCAAAUGACAUUUGUGGGACUUCUGGCCACGGACGCCGGUUUUUCUGACUUCCUUUCCGGAGAAGGAAACCUGAAAGUGACAGGAGAAGCUAACGAAACGCAGAUCUGCGAGGCGCUGCGCCGCUACAGCGAACGGGAAGGCUUCGUGAGGGAAGCGCUCUUUCACCUCUUCAGCCUCACGCACGUCAUGGAGAAGCCUCGGCCGGACAUCCUAAAGCUGGUGGUCCUCGGCAUGAAGAACCACCAGGCCACGCUCAACGUCCAGCUGGCGGCGAGCGCUUGCGUCUUCAACCUGACCAAGCAGGACCUGGCAGCCGGGAUGCCGGUCCGCCUGCUCAGCACGGUCACUCAGCUGCUGCUGGAGGCCAUGAGGACGUUCCCCAACCACCAACAGUUGCAGAAGAAUUGUCUGCUGUCUCUCUGCAGCGACCGCAUUUUACAAGAUGUGCCAUUUAACAGGUUUGAGGCAGCUAAACUGGUAAUGCAGUGGCUCUGCAAUCACGAGGACCAGAAUAUGCAGAGGAUGGCUGUGGCUAUCAUAUCCAUACUGGCUGCUAAGCUGUCCACAGAGCAAACAGCUCAGUUAGGAGCAGAACUGUUUAUAGUCAAGCAACUGCUCCACAUUGUGCGUCAGAAGGCCACACAGGGCAUAGUGGAUGCCACCCUCAAAUUCACCCUGAGUGCCCUUUGGAACCUAACCGACGAGUCUCCGACGACCUGUCGCCAUUUUAUCGAGAACCAAGGACUAGACUUGUUCAUUAAGGUUCUAGAGUCUUUCCCUAACGAGUCGUCCAUUCAGCAGAAGGUUCUCGGCCUGUUGAACAACAUCGCGGAGGUGGGUGAGCUGCACUGUGAGCUGAUGGUGCACACCUUCCUGGACCACAUCAGAACUCUGCUGCACAGCCCCGAAGUGGAGGUGAGCUACUUCGCCGCCGGCAUCCUGGCGCACCUGACGUCGCGGGGGAAGGACGCGUGGACGCUCAGCCCCGAGCUCAGGUUCUCCCUGCUGGAGCAGCUGCACAACGUCAUCAUGAAGUGGCCGGCACCCGAGUGCGAGAUGGUAGCUUACAGGUCAUUUAACCCCUUCUUCCCUCUGCUGGAGUGCUUCCACACGCCAGGCGUCCAGUUGUGGGCUGCGUGGGCCAUGCAGCAUGUCUGCAGCAAGAAUGCCGGGCGCUACUGCAGCAUGCUGUUGGAGGAAGGCGGCCUGCAGCAGCUGGAACGGGUGCACGCCAACCCGCAAACGCACCCGGACGUCGGGCAGCUCACGGAGAGCAUUUUAGAGAGCCUGGAACGCCACCGGGCACGCACGGGCCGCCCCACCACCGCUCGCCUGCCGCCGCAACUGUAAGCUCCGGGGUAACCAAUCUCGCAAGACCCGAGUGAAUCUCUUAUGUAUAUACAAAUGGACAGAGUAUGCAGUUGUUUGCACACAAACUUAAUUUAUGUCAAAUACGAAUGUUACCAAGUACGCUUCGAAGUUUUAUGAGUUUAUUUGAUGAGCUGCAGCAUGCCGCGAUGAUACCCAAGUGGUGUCCGAUAAGAAAUCGAAGUAUAGGAAAGUGAAGUGAAAAAUGUUUUGUCGACUGCAGAAUGACAACAGAUUAAUCAAUGGAGUGAUGUACGUACGUGUAAAUGUGUUUGUAUGCUUUGGUUACAGUAUAAGGUCAAAAUACCAGAAUAUAAUUAGUAAUUUUACAAGAACAACAGCUUGACAAUUGUCAUCGCUGGAGAAAGUUCUAAUUUUAUCAGGUGCAAUUUUUACACAUGUCCAUAAAGUUGACUAUUUUUCCUCAUAACAUUACAACUUUAUUCUUAUAACUGCUGGAUUUAACUCUUAAAAUUAAUUAUUAAUUAAUUAGUUCAUUAAUAUGUCCAAGUACCAAACAUAUAUAUGCGUUCAUCUGAGAUGAUACGCUGUGGCGACCCUGAAAGGGACAAGCCGAAAGGAACACACCACAAAAAAGCCAAUUUUACGCAAAAAACAAUGGCGAAUGAAGUGUAAUAUUUAUAUUACGAAAAUAAAGUUUUCAUGUUAGUAGCAGAAAUUUUAUGCAACUGACAUUCUUUUAUUUUUUGACAAGCUUUCCUCAAAACACGAUUUUAUGCUGGUAAAUUUAUGGCGAUAAAUGCAAUUUUAUGAGUUUUCACAACUACCCCCUUAAAAAGUCAGAAAAUGCUAAAAAAAAAAAAAAAAGUCAGACAACCUUAACCAUGUUACAAUUGCAGCUGCCUUCUCUGAAUUUUGCGAAAAAUGUGACUCUCCUAAUUUUGUGUGACAGGCUGGCACGGCCGCUGCCUCACAGUUCAGAGGUUGUUGCUAUGUGGGUACAUUUUUAUUCCGGUAUUGUUAUAACUUUGAAACAUUGCAAGAGUUAUUGUCGCAAGAUCAACAUUGCAAUAUCUUGAAAAUAAAAUCUGAAGCUAUACGAACAAAUUUCUUUCUUGUGACGCUGCAUCGCUUCCAACUUCCAGGCUUUAAACUCGCAACGUUACAACUUCAUUCUCGUCAUAUUCCGACUUUAUUCUCACGUCACUGUCAUCUCGUAACGUUCACAUUUGUAUUCUUGUAACGUUGCAACAUUCCAAUUUUAUCCGUGUGAGUCAUUCUUACAAUGUUACAAUUUUUUUCCCCCUCAUAAUGCUCUGACUUUCUAAAAAUGUGUUUCAACUUUAUUCUUCUGACAUGGCAACUUCUUCCAACUUUAUUUUGUAAUGUUAAGACUUUAUUCCCAUAAAUAACUAUUCUUGCGACGUCGUAAUUUCUUCUCUUAUUCUAAUAAACGAUCACUUUGACUUUAUUCUUGUAAUGUUACAAUUUUAUUGUCUUAUAUAUCAUGUGUGAGCACGUUUGUUAGCUUCAAAACGGUAAUGAAAUGUGUAAAUAUACUUUAAAGGAGAAAAUGUAUUAGGUUUAAAAGUGGCAUCAUAUUAUUGUACACUUGU